AAGACGUGGCCGAGUUUGCCCCAAGCAUGGAUAACAGCAGCGGUCCUUUCCUUCUCCCCACCUUACUGCUCCUGCUGCAGAACACGAGCAACCCUGAAUCCUCCAUCCCUCCUGCUGGCUAUGAGGUGACAGAAUCUCCACUCACAGGACCCGGCUCAAGCAGGAACCACACUCUCUUAGGCUAUGGACUGAGGCCGGGGGAAAUGGCAGCGGCCGGCAUCGUUUGGGGAGUGCUGUGGCUGGUUUCCGUCUUGGGAAACUCCCUCCUUUGCUCAGUGAUGCCCAGGAGCAGGAAGACACAAUCCCCCAACUACUUUGUGGUGUCCAUGGCUUGUGCAGACCUGCUCACCAGUGUUGUGAGCGCGCCCUUCCUGCUGCUCCAGCUGACCUACGGCAGGUGGAUGCUGGGGAAUGGGAUGUGCAAGCUGGUGAGGUACAUCCAGUACCUCACCCCGGGGGUCCAGCUCUACGUGCUCUUCUCCAUAGGCAUGGCUCGAUGCUACACUCUCGUCCGUCCCCUGAGCUUCAAAAUGUCCAAGGAGAAAGCCAAGAUAAUGAUUCUGGCCUCUUGGCUCUGUGGUGCUCUCUUUGCAUCACCAGCUUAUUUUCUCUAUGACUCUGACAGUGACCACCACUGCAACUUUUUUCUGCCUGAUUCUCCGCAAGGAUUUGACUCCAGUAUUGUCCACCUCCCAGUGCUGUUGUUUUUGAUCCCCUCCCUCUUCACUGUCCUCUGCUACGAGAAAGUCUUCACCUACAUUUGGAGAAGAGGCACCGAAGUCACGGCUGGCAGGAGGACAGUGAAUUUGAUCUCAAGAAGAAAAGUGAAAAAUGUCAAGAUGUUCUUCAUCUUUAACUCAGUUUUCCUCCUGUCCUGGCUCCCUUUCUACGUGGCACAGCUGUGGCACCCACAGGAAACAGACUACAGAAAGAGCUCCUUGGUUUUCCUGGCUGUCACCUGGAUCUCUUUCAGUUCCUCAGCCUCUAAGCCAAUCCUUUUCUACAUCUAUAAUGCAAACUUCAGAAGGGCGAUGAAAGAAACUUGUUGCAUGUUUGCCAGGAAAUACCAGAGAAGCAGCAUCUUCACCAUUACCACCAGCUAUGGGACAAUCAGAAAGAAUCAUGUUUGGAUCACAGAUAUCCCAGCACCAGCCCAAACUGUCCCCAAGGACUCCACCUCCGGUGCUUUUAACAGAGAAGUCAAGAAGGAUGAGCUUGCCAGGACUGAUGAGUCCAAUCCCCCAAAUACAUUUGCCUAG